ACUACUACUGCUGCUAUUACUCCUACAAUUACAACUACUAUCACUACUACUACCACUACUACUACCACUACUACUACCACUACUACUGCUAUUACUACAACUACUACCACUAGUACUACCACCACUAAUACAACUAUUACUAGUACUGCUAUUUCUCCUACAAAAAUGACUACUAUUACUACUACACCUAUUACUACUACUACUACUACUGAUAUUACUAUUACUACCACUACUACUACUACAGCUAUUACUCCUACAACCACUACUACCAAUACUACUACUUCCAAUAUUACCAUCACUACUACUAUCACUACUACCAAUACUACUACUUCCAAUAUUACCAGCACUACUACCACUACUGUCACCAUUACUACUUCUGCUAUUACUCCUACUAGUACUACUACCACCACUACUGCAAUUACUACUACUACCACGACUACCAAUACUACUAUUACUAUCACUAGUACUACUACUGCCACAACUACUACUACCACUAUUACUACUACAUCUACUACUACUACCACUACUAGGACUACUACUACUGCUAUUACUACUACCACUACUACU